AUUCUAUCAGUCACUAUUCUGCUGUCGACGGGAUUCAUGCGCAGAGUGCAGGACGAUUGCAAUGCAGAGCUCUCUGUCUGCACGGGGUCUGUCAGGCACAUUUCGACAUCCUAUCAACUCAUGCAGGAUUCACUCCCCUCAACUUCAUUCCAGCUGCUGAUCAUGGAAGCAUCUUCAAGGUAGCGGCUGCCAUUGAGUCACGGUUGCGUUCCUCGCCGAUCCCUAACUCUAAUACAUUCCAGCACUGAGAAUCAAGUGGCAUGAGAGUGUUGGAAUAGUUUGUUGCCUUGACACACAUCUUGCGGACUGAAAGCAAUAUUUCACCUUGGCUCUCCUCGACGGCGACCGCUCGUCAUGGGGAUCGAUGAGGUCACGGAAUCGGUUCCUCGAAUGCGCAUCAUAUCUUCAAAGACGUCCAUUGUGUACCUGGAAUUUCCCGCGGAGCUCCAUGUGUUAUCCUGCUCCAUCUGCGAUAACUUUGUCCGUCCCACCCAUGUGCGCACUCUGUAUCUCUACCGAGAGACUUCUCCCGGUGCCAACGAGCAUGUGACAACCAGGCUGAAAGCAGCCCUAGCCAAGCUCUUGGUGGUGUUUUACCCCAUGGCAGGGCGGGUCCGGCGAGCGGAGGGGAACAUCGGGUACGAAAUCCACUGUAACAAUAAGGGAGUGGUGUGGGUCGACGCCGAAGUGGAUGGUACCAUCGACGACUUCGAGAACUUCCAGCCAAAUUACGUCUUCAACAAGUUAUUAGUGCCCACGGUGGACUACUCCGUGAGCAUCGAAUUCCAGCCCGUGCAGAUCAUUCAAAUCACCAAGUUUCAAUGCGGCGGCUUCGCGCUGGGAAUGGCCAACCAUCACACCGUCGCCGACGGCAUCUCUGCUCACAACUUCAUGGCGUCGUGGACAGAACUGGUCCGCGGGGAGCAGAUCUCGCAACUGCCUAACUACGACCACCACCUGCUCUCUUCAAUGGGACGUGCCAAGCCCGACACUUGUCCCAGAGAGCUCCGGCUCCGACCCAAGGUAAUGGAGCCGCCGCCAACGCGCAAAAUGGUGGAGAGGUUGUUCACCUUCACUCCCGAGAUGCUGAAGAAGAUCAAGGCCGAGGCUCUAGGUGACGGAAGUUUGGGCUCAUUCACCACUUUCGAAAGCCUGUCUGCGCACCUCUUUAGAGCGGUAAUCCGAGCCAAGGGCUGCGCUGAUUCGGAGGAAGCCAGAUUUUUCACCACUAUGGACGCCAGAAAGCGAAUCAAGCCCAAUUUGCCGGAGGGCUACUUCGGCAACGCGAUCAUCUUCACAUGCAUGCCUGCGAAGGUCUGCGACAUCCUGGAGAAGCCUCUGUCGUUCUCAGCGCAACUGGUUCGAGAAAGUGUCGUGAAGAUGACGGACGAGUAUGUAAAAUCUUCCUGGGCGUGGUGCGAGGCGCAGGAGCAUCUCACCAUGAGCUCCAUCAACCUCAUGGGUAACGACAUCUCCUCCGCGGGUUGGUUCCGGAUGCCAUUCUAUGAUACCGACUUCGGGUUCGGGAAGCCAGUGUUUGCAGGACCUGCUGACAAUCCCUAUAAUGGCUGCAUUCUGAUGCUGCCCAGUCACAUUGGACCUAAAGCUAUCAAUGUAUUCAUGGCGUUGUGGAGAGAAGACAUGGAGAGGUUGAUGGCAGACAGCGAUUUUCUCGUGACCAGCCAAGUGAAUCGAUCCAAUAUUUCCUGUGCAGAGUAGCUUGAUGGUUCCCCACAAGUUUCACGAUGCUUCCCUGCGUUAUCAUUCUGCAUGAAUCUGCCGGUAGUGGUAGAAUGCUGUUAGAAACUGUCCAUGCUCGGCAUACGAAAGGCGUAUAAUUAUAAGGCUGGCUAUACACAACUACAACCAGAACAUUCUACUUCCCAUCUUCUUAACAAUGGAAGCAUGCUAACAAACUGACGACUUUUCUCCAUUCAA